AUGUCUAAUGAUUUACGCACAUUGAGUUCCGAAUUCCGGAAAAUUCUGCAAAAUCGUGACGUCAUCGCUAUCGAUCAGGAUCCAUUAGGCAUAAUGGGAAAACUAGUGCAGAAGAACAAUAGUGUUAGGAUCUACGCGAAGCCGGUCACACCCGUUACCCACGGGAUUACCUCAUUUGCUGUUGCCGUUGUCAAUAUGGAUGAAUCUGCAGUUAAGUCACUUGGACUGGUGAACAUCGGUGGAUAUAACCUGCGUAAUCUCUGGACCGGUGAAGAUUUUGGCGUGGUAUUCCCGACUCAGGAAUAUCACGUCACAUUACAGCCUACAUCUGCCGCCAUGAUAAAGCUCACUCUUCGGUAG